CACUGGAUAGAAAACGCGGCAAGUGCACGCUUCUUUGUUUUCCCUCUUACUGUCCUUAAAAAAGUCUGAAAGAAAUAAAAUUUGUAUAAAUAAAAACGAUUCUGAACGGUAACGGACGCAAAAAUGCUGAAGAAACGGAUUCGUGGUCAAGACUUGCCCCAAAAUAUGGGCGAAGUUGUCAUUCUGCUGGGCAAAGUUUUAUCGGCGGGUCAAGAUGGGAAAUCUGUUCAAAUUAAGACAACAGACGACGUUCAAGUGAACGUAGCAUUGCCAGAACCCAUCGAUGGGAAUGCAGAAGGCUACAUUGAAGUUUCUGGAACUGUUAAAUCAAAAUCUACUUUGUCAGCCAGUUCUUUCACCCUCUUUCCUCCCGAAAUGACGGAAAAUUUCUCGAUCGAUACCUACAACGAGGUUUUAAUGCUUCAAAACCUUCUUGGAGACAAAAAGUGGCGCUUUUCGGAAGACUCAGUUCAGCUUUUCUAAAUGAAAUAAUUUUAAAGUUCGUUUCAAACGCCUUUUUAAAGUCCUUCACUUCAAAUAUUUGAUUAAAAUUUCAAGUUAUUAUUUAUUCGCUCAUGAGUUAUGUAUGUCUAAUUUUUUUUACAUUAAAAUCGUUAUUUUGUAAGGAAAG